AUGUAUGACAAGCCUGCGGGGGAUGCGGCAAGGUACAUCAUUGAAUGGAACAAGGUCAUGGAUAGGUGCAAGAAGGCUGGCUCCUGGCAUGCGGCGCUGGGACUCUGCGAAGAAGUUUGCCAACGCCAGCUGCAGCCAACCAUUGUCACCUACGGCACGGCCGCCAGCUCCUGUGAGAAGGGCUCUCAGUGGCGCUAUGCACGGCACUUGCUGUGCAAGGCCGUGCGUGCAGAGUUGCCGGCUGACGCCGUCACCUGGAAUUCAGUCAUCAGCAGCUGCGCGCGCUCCGCAGAAUGGCGGCAGGCGGCGCCGUUGUUGGCCCAGCUCCGGCUGCAGGGUGUGCAGCCAACAGCCAUCACAUUCAGCGCCGCCAUCAACGCCCACGAAGCGUCGGGGCAGUGGGCUGUGGCCCUUCGCUACCUGGAAGAAGCGGAGGGCCGGUCCUUGCUCCCCACCCUCAUCACCCUGGGCGUGGCCAUCAGCGCCUGUGCCAAGGGCGGCACCUGGCGGGCGGCGCUACAGCUGCAGGCCGCCUCUGGCUUGCAGCGGCUGCCACCAUCUUCAGUCAGCUACAACUCGGCACUGGUGGCGUGCCAGCGUGCGGACGACUGGCCCAGGGCCGUGGUCCUUCUGGCAGAGAUGGCAGCCAACGUCGCUUUGCCCUGCGUCAUCUCCUACAGCACAGCGCUGGGCGCUUGCCAGCAGCCGGGCUGGUGGCAAGUGGCCUGCAGCCUGCUGCACGAAGCCCAGGGCAAAGGCCUGGGCAUGAAUGUAGUCAUCUACAACUCGGCCAUCAGCGUGUGCGAGAAGGGCGAGGAGUGGCAAUGCGCGCUGCUGCUGCUAGGGGAGGCCACCAGCCACCAGGUCCAGCUGGAUGUGAUCUCCUACAACUCUGCCCUCAGCACGUGCGGGAAGGCCAUGGAGUGGCAAGCAGCAUUGAGCCUUUGGGGGCAACUGCAGCGUCAGCGCUUGCAGCCCACGACAGUCACCUGCAACUCUGCCAUCACAGCCUGCGAGCGUGCGGCGAUUUGGCAGCUGGCGCUCCUCCUGCUGGAGGAGGCAGAAGCGGCGCGCCUCGCGAGCGAUGGGAUCACGUACAACUCCGCCAUUUCGGCCUGUGAGAAGGCCAGCCAGUGGCAGAGGGCCCUGAGCUUGCUAGGGCGAGCCGAGCAACGGCGGCUGCCCCGAUCCGCCACCGGCUACAGCGCGGCGAUCAGCGCCUGCGCACGCCGGGCCGAGUGGCAGGUUGCCUUGGCUCUGCUCGAGGCGAUCACGCAGGUGGGAGUCGAUGCCAUCCUACUGAGCGCCAGCAUCAGCGCCUGCGACCGGGGAGCCGAGUGGCAGAGGGCCCUACUUCUGCUGACCGACUUCGAGGCGCACCAGCUGCAGCCAACGUCAGUCACCCUGGGCGCCGUCCUUAGCGCCUGCGCCAAGGCUUCGGAGUGGGCACGGGCCCUGUGGCUCCUUGCGGGCUCCCUGGCACAGCGCCUCGAUGCCUCUGAGAUCGCGUACAGUGCAGCCAUCAGCUCCUGCGAGAAGGCCGCCCGGUGGCGUCCGGCGCUGCAGCUCCUCUUCGACAUGGAGUCGCAGAGGCUUUUCUGCGACCUGAUCACCUACAACGCCGCCAUCAGCGCCUGUGAGAAGGCCGGCUUCUGGCAGAAAGCCCUAUGGCUCAUGGAGGAAGCCGUGGAGAGGGAGCUCGAGCUGGAUGUCAUAACCUUUAACUCGGCCAUCAGCGCCUGCGAGCGGGCCAUCAUGCAGGCGUCCCAACGGCCCGGCUGA